GACAGCGCCAACAGCGCUCGACAGUCGUUCUCAGUGACAAUCUGGCGUCUGCUCCGGUGUAUUGUGACUGUCGUUCGCGAAAAGCUGAUAAAAUCUUGCAAGCGUCGCGUGACUUUUAUCGCCUAAACGCGAAAGGUCGCACCGAUAACAUCGCCCUGUUCUUUGUCGUCGACUCGAAGAAAAGCGGAGCGCAUCCCUUGAAUCGGAGCAUCAUCUGCGAGAAGCGGAGGAGGCACGCGCGGGCGUCCUUCCGCUCACAACGCAUCUCGGAAGGGACGGUGCGAUAUCUCCCGCUGACAUUUGGUGUCCGACGCGCGAAUCGGAUCGCAUACGAAUCCGUCGUCGCGUGAUCUCGUCCUUUCCACCCUUCGAGGAGAAUUUCAGCGAAGAGAGAGAGAAACAAAAUGGGAACGUUUUGCUACAACUUCGGCAAGUACGCGCUGGUGGCCGUGAGCUUCGUAUUUUUGAUUAUCGCAAUAGCGGUGAUAGUCCUGGCAACAUGGAUGCUAGCGGACAAAACAUUUUUGGUAUCGAUUGCUCAAGAAGGCAACAAUUACGACACGGGUCUGUAUAUCCUGCUCGCCGCUGGGAUCCUCAUGUUCAUAGUCGCCUUCUUAGGCUGCUGCGGUGCCUUAAAGCAUUCUCGGUGUAGUCUAAUCACGUUCUUCGUCAUCAUGCUCGUCAUUAUCGUCGCUCAAAUAGCUUUCGCAGGCUGGCUUUACACUAACAGCGAACGUCUAGACGAACUGUUGAGAUCUUCCGUGAUAAACACUGUUAAGAGCGAAUAUGGCACGGUAGAAUGUCGUACACAAAUCAUGGACGCGAUUCAAUCCGGUCUUGAAUGCUGCGGAGCCAGUGGACCUGCGGAUUGGGCCGGCAGCAAGUACGCGAGCAAGGAUCCCUCUCUUCCAAUUAGUUUGACUGUCUCCAGCGACGCCAAUAACAUAUUUAAAGUACCAGAAUCAUGUUGCAGAGAUAUAGGGAGUACUGCCUGUGAUGAGGGUCGCAACAUGAAAAUUGCUGGAGUUGCGAGUCCUGCGAUCUACAACGAGGGAUGCACGCAAAAAUUGGUGGACACGCUGAAAGGUCAAACUUAUCACGUUAUGAUUAUGGCAAUACUGGUUCUGAUUGUCGAAAUCAUUGGUUUGAUACUCGCUUUAAUUUGUUGCUGCGAAGCCGGUGCGUCGGAUAGAUACAAAGCUUAAACUGAUUUAUCGCAUAUAUCACGUAAGAAUCUCUUCGUCUUGCUGAAUUCCCUCCCAUGUCCCAAUAAUGCUGUACGAAAAAUAUCGAAAUUUUAUUUUUCCAUGCCAAUGUGUUUUACAUUUGAUUAUAUCGGGUGGCCGAAAUAGCCUCCUAAUUGUAAACAAGAUAUAUUGGAUAACUAUUCCAUGGAUUGUAUCAUCAUCUUAUGCGAAUUGGUACGCGUUAUUUUGGGACCAAUUCAAGAUCUUAUAUAUAUAAUAUGGUAGCACCAUUUUAUAAGUUUAUUUCUUUGUAAAUAACUUAAUAUUGAUAUGGAUGCAUUUUACAAGAUUGAUCUACAAUUCUUUAUAAUGUGCAAAAUAAUUCAUACCAGCAUGAAUAAUAUACUAUAUCGAAUUUUUGAUUGAUUUAUAUUUUAAAAGGGUACAAAGAUAAAUUAUGCACACAGGUAUCUUCUUUAAAUUGAAAUAUAUAAUUAUAUAUAUGUAAUCUUUAUCGAGACAUGUACAUAAAUUUCAAAGAAAGAUUAUGUCCAUGCGAAAAAUUGAGGCUAUUGGAUAAAAAAUAAGAUAAAAUUGAAGAAAUAUUUGCACCAAUUUGAGUAGGCUUAUAUUUUAUUUAAAUUGGUGCAAAUAUAAUCAUUUAGUGUAUAUAAGUCAAUCAAAAAAGAUUUUUGAGAGCAACAGCAGUACUGUAAAAAAAGUCUGAUUAGAUAAAUGCUUCCUGAAGAUUUUUAAUAUUGAUUACAUUUACUUCUACGAUAUUACCGAAUUUCAAUAUUAUGUCGAUCCUUAUACCUAUACAUCUGUAUAUCUUAUAUAUA